AUGGAGAAAUCAAUCGCAAUCGAGAAAGAUGUCCCCCAGAGCCCAGCCGAGUCAAACUCUGAGCUGGGCAAUGGCCUGCAGUGGACGGAAGAGGAGGAAACCGCCCUGAGGCACAAGAUGGACUGGCGGACGGUGCCUUGGGUGACUGUCUUAUACCUGCUCUGCUUCCUUGACCGCAUCAAUAUCGGCAACGCCAGGAUUCAGGGCUUGGAGAAAGACCUCGGGCUCAAGGGGUUGCAGUUCAACUGGGCCCUGUCCAUCUUCUACAUCGUCUACCUUCUCGUCGAAGUCCCGAGCAACAUCAUCCUGAAGCGAGUUGGCCCUCGAUUCUACCUGCCGUGCCUGGUCGUCGGCUUCGGCCUCGUGUCGCUAUGCUCCGCCUUCAUCACCACAUAUCCAGGUCUCCUCGUGGCAAGAGCCAUCCUCGGCGUAUUCGAGGGCGGCGCCAUGCCCGGCUUCGCCUUCUACCUCAGCUCUUUCUACAAGCGCAAGGAGCUCCUCUUCCGCAUCGGCAUCUACGUUUCGGCAGCAAGCAUGGCAGGCGCUUUCGGAGGCCUACUCGCGACCGGCCUCUCCCGCAUUCCGGACUGGGGCACGAGCGGCAUGCGCAUCCAUUCGUGGCGCAACAUCUUUUUUUUCGAGGGCCUCAUCACCAUGAUUGUCGGCCUCAUAGCGCCCAUCUGGCUGCCCGCGUCGCCCGCGACCUGCAAGUUCCUCACGGAGCGCGAGCAGGCGAUCGCGGCCGAGCGCCUCGUCCGCGAGCACCGCGCCCACCCUGACGAGAAGGUCACGCUCGCCCAUGUCCACCGCGCCGUCACGAACAUCCACAACUACACCUGUGGCCUCGGCUUCUUCCUCAUCAACAUCACCGUCCAGGGCUUGUCCGUCUUCCUGCCCACCAUCCUGCGCGACCUCGAUUGGACCGACACAAAGGCCCAGCUGUACAGUGUCCCGCCCUAUGUCUGUGCCUGCGUCGUGGCUGUUGCUAUCGCCUACGCGAGUGAUAAGACCCACAGGAGGGGAGCUUACUUGGGCGCCUUCUCGCUGCUGGCCAUCAUUGGGUUCGCCAUCCUCCGGUGGGAGACGAACCCCAAUAUUCGGUAUAUGGGCGUCUAUUUCGUUACGGUCGGGGCGUUCCCUGGCGGGCCGGGGUUCUUGGCCUGGGCCAUCAACAAUGCGGCAGGACCAGCUGUGCGCGCCGUGAUAAGUGCUUAUGUUGUCACUGUUGGUACUAUCGGGGGAAUCGUAGCUACAUGGACUUACGUCCCAACGGACGCACCGGCGUAUCGUACUGGCCACACAAUCAAUCUCGCUGGGCAGAUCACCGUCGUAUGCUUGUCAGUAUUUGGUAUUCUGUACUGCUCUUACGAAAACAAACUCCGGGCAGCUGGAAAGCGAGACCACCGUCUCGAAGGCCUCAAUGAGGAUGAGCAAAAUCAGCUGGGAUACCCCUUGGUCGACAUCGCGGAGUGGCCAAGUGUGUCCAGACCUUCGACAACGCUCGGCGCCUUGACCGCCACACCAGCAUCGACUCUCAUCUGCGUCAAUUAA